AGGGGCGGGGCGCUCCGCGGGCGGGGCUGGGAGUCACGUGGCUGAUCCAAGAUGGCGGCGUCCAGGGCGCUCCAGCAAUGCAGGGCUUUCCCCCACCUUCUGUGCGUCCGUCGUCCGUACAGCAGUGCCACCUCCCCAGACCCUCUAAAGGGUGGCAUCCUUCAGUACCUCUGUAACUGGUUCUAUGACAUCGAAUACCUCGUCGGCUGGAGCACAAAGCUUCGCUACAGAAACCUGCGAAGGAAGAACGCGUACUACGGUCACACCAAGGAGAUCUACGGAGACAAUGUUGCAGCAGCCUACUUUGUCCUGUCCAACAGGGGAAGAGUGAGGUUUCAAGGCCAGGAGACCUGGUUCUGUGCGGACCGGCGGGGGAAGUACAGCUCUGAUUUCCUACAGCUCCGGGACGUGCCCGUGGUGGCCAUCGACCUCUCUGGCUCUGUGUUGAGCUACGACGGGCUGGAUAACCUAGUGAAGCUGACGGCGCUGAGGUCCCUGGACCUGAGCCGCUGUCCCCACGUUGACGACUGGACCCUAAGCCGGCUGCAUGUCUUCAAGGACAGCCUGGAGGAGCUCUCGCUGGCUGGGUGCCCCCAGGUCACGGAUCGGGGGCUGGCUUGCCUCCACCAGCUCGAGCAUCUGCGGCGCCUCGACCUCUCGCACCUGCCCUCGGUACCCACCCCGGGGCUGAUCCAGAUCUUGGUGGAGGAGAUGCUGCCCCAGUGCGAGGUGGUGGGGCUGGCCCCGGAUUCUGGCGCCCAGAUGAGCAGGGACGGAAGGGAGGAGCCCGGCGUCCCCAGCGGAGCCAGGAGAGCUGGUGAAAUCCCUGCCUGACACCUGGCUCCUCUGCCCCCAGCUUUUCCUGACACUGAUGGAAGAGGGCGGGAAGCUGCGCUCCCUUCAGCAUCCUCCGAUCACGAACAGCGAAGGACAUCAGCGUGGCGGUACAUUUGUGGGUGUGGCUGGGCUGUCCUGGGCGAUCCGUGCCCCCCGGCUUUGGUCUCACGGAGGACGGGGCUCGCAAUCGGCUGAACCAUGCUGUGAGCAUUAAAGGCCUCUCCCUGUG